AUGUCCGUUCACGGGAGGGAUCCCAAAAAGAGGCAGUUAAGGCUAAUAUCGGUUGCAUUCAAAGAAGCAUCAAUUGACUCUCCUUCCUUUCGUGCAUCCGUAAAUUUCUUCCAAACAAGGGUGGAUGCAUUAGAGGAUUGGAUAGAGAAGACUGUCGACUUUUUCGAUCAGAAAUAUAAGGUGUCAUUUGAAGAUUUUCGAAGAGCAAAGGAAACUCUCCUAUCCCAAUUGUUACCUCCUCCAGCCUUGCUGAGCAACGGUUUUGUCAGUAACCAAUCGUUUACUCCCAGGCUGAUUGAUAGUUUUAACAAGGACUAUUAUGACUUUUCUAUGAAAUUACUGCAAAUUGUAAAGGGUGAUGACUCUAGCCACUCAACCGCGCUAUUAGAACUUAUGACUACUGCAAUUGAACCCUACAGAAACGUGAGAAAAAAUUUCGAUUUUUACCAAGGUAAAUAUGACAGUAUGCUGGCAUCCUACCAGGCUAUAAGAAUUUCAAAAACCAGUUUAGAGCCAUCUUCUAUCAAAAGUGAUGCCUUACAAUUAUUUGAAGUGCAAAAAAACUACCUUAAGGCCUCCCUAGACCUCAUAAGUGCCAUAUCAGCAGUAAAAUUAAGCUUAGAUAAAUUCAUACUAGAGUCAAUGAAAGUAUUAAAGUCAAGAAGCAUUUUUAUAACGAAAGAUUCUGGAAGGAAAAUAGAUUUAUCUCCUUGCAUUAAUGAGUAUUUAGACAAUUACGCAAUAUGGGUAGAAAAUUCCAUCGAAGGAUCGAAAGUAUUGGAUUCUGAUAUCAGUAAUGCAAAAAAGCAAGCAUAUAGGUAUACCUUGAAACGAAUUACGCCGUCAAGUGACACAAGUGAUUACAAUAUAAGAUCAAUACAUUCCUCGAAGCUGCUAUCAAAGGAUACGCAAGUGCCUCCAAAAUCGCCCGAAAAGUCUGGGUGGCUUUAUAUGAAAACACAGGUUGGAAAGCCUACCAGGGAAAUAUGGGUGAGAAGAUGGUGCUUUCUGAAAAAUGCAGUUUUUGGUAUGUUCCUUUUGUCGCCAUCGAAGACCUACGUGGAGGAAACUGAUAAGUUUGGUGUCUUCCUUACUAAUGUGCGCUAUGACCCAGAGGAAGAUCGAAAAUUUUGUUUUGAAGUAAAAAUAUUUGGUAAUAAAGUAACAGAGGCACAUGAUAACAUGUCAAAGGAUAUCACGUUGGUCUUUCAAACUUCAAAUUAUCUAGAUUUGAAAUCAUGGUUAAUAGCUUUUGAAGCGACAAAAAAGUAUGUCAUGAGUAUACAACAUGAUAGUCUUGAAUAUGAGCUGGCGUUUAAAAGAUUUUCUCCCAAGUUUUUUGAAUUUGCCUCUAGUACAACCACCUCCAUAGAUCAAUUAAUCACAACAUUUGACAAAGAAACCGAGUCCUUGUAUGAAACGCUGAACUGCUCAAUCUCUGAAUAUGAUAUUUUGACUUUAGGAGAGGAGAAGGUGUUUCAGUUCCAAAUGCCAACAACACCAAUAUCUACAAAAAUGACACAACUGGCUAUUCUGUCUAAUUUCCUCACAAAAGGUAGCUGGUUCCCUAAUGCUGUUCUUGCGAAUAUAUGGGGCACGACCGAUUGGAGUGAAUAUACUAUAUUGCCAGGAAAGGGAAAGAAACCCUCCUCUUUAUUAACGAUCGAUGGCAAAAGGCUUCCAAUAAGAAACUCCACUAUAUAUCCUCAAUAUUAUUCUAAUGAGUUGAAAGUGCUUGAUCUACAGUUCAAGUCAUUAGUAUUUUCUCCGGACCAAAGGUUGGAGAAGCUACCGGAAGAGCUUUUACUUUUCAAGUUUGAAGCAUUGUGGUGUCCUAACAAAAAGCAGAAGUUCUCAGCUACCUGCUUUUGCACAAAAGACUACAUUUAUUGCUACAUGAAUUCUAUGGAAUUUAUCUGUCUUACAAAGAUCAGCUUGUCUGAAAUCGUUUCUGUAGAAGCCGACAGAUCAUCAAAGAAGACCUUAAAACUUUACGAUGCCAGCGGUCUACAAAUGAAAGCAAUCGUUUUAUUUUCUGACUAUAAGCUUAUUGCAUCUAAGUUGCAAUAUCUGUUAGAAAACAAGGCUAUAAAAAACCCAAAUAGUAACGAAGAGAUUUUAGUAAAGUUUGAACAGAUGGAAAAAGAAUCUCAAGAAAAAAAACAAGAAGAAUUAUAUAAGAUAGAACAAGAAAACUCCUUUGAUCGUAAGGCCACCAGCGUAUCCAAAAUCAUCAAAUCACGUGUGACAUUUUGGGAGAUGUCCGAUGAUGCAUCUACUUUAUUAAACAGACUCAAAAAACUUCAGACAGAGUACUCGAUUACUUACAAUCAUGAAUAUGAAAUAUCUAGUAAAGGACUAGCCCACAUACUAUUUGGAGAUAAAUCGAAUGCUUUUCCAAAAUGCCUGUUUUUAGCAAGAAAAGAUGGGGAAGAACACGGGAAACGUUUUUGGUAUAAAAACAAAGACAUCAACGGGAAAUCACAAUUAGUUCGAAAGAUACCAUUUCGAUUGGAUAUGACCGGUAAUUUUUUAAAUACUGGUAAAUAUCAUAGAGAUAAGGAAUCUAAAAUGAUUUUUGCUACACAGAGGAUAGUCAAAAUUGUUGAUAACAAAUAUUAUGAAGUCGAUUUAGAUCCUUUUUUCGUUAAAGUGCCAUUUUGUCAUUUAUUGAAGCUUUCAAUUAAAUUUGUCAUAACUGAGUCAUAUGAUGUAGAUAACCAUCUUGAAAUAAAGUUGAAUAUGACGGCGAGCAGUUCAUCGCUUCAUGUCCUAUACAAACUAGAAUAUAUUGAUAGUAGAACUGGCAAAACAAUAGAAAAGCUAUCUUUGGCUGAAAUAAUAUGCCAAACAUGGGCCUUGAAAUUUGCUCAUAGUGAAUUCCUACUGAUAAGAAGGGUGUUACGGUACUACUUGGAAAAGAUUGGCAAACACGGAAAAGUUAUCAAAGCUAUCAAACUAUGUGGUAUAUUAGGUGUUCUCAGCAACAAAAGUGAAGAACCUGCUACUGAAAAAAAUGGCAACUCCAAAGAGAGUGAAAGUAUGCAAUAUGACAUCAGGUAUUCUUGUACUAUCCUUUUCCUAGUGUUUAUCAAACUAAUGGUUUACAGAGUAACGAAUUUGACGUUUGUAUUCUUCAGAAUACUUAUCGGUAUUCUAUUAUUAUGUGCUGAAAAGUUCUCACGGAUUAAUCGAAUGAUGGUGGUCGGAUUAUUAGCAUCUAUUAUGAUAAACAUACUUUUAUCAGAAAAAGCAUCAGUGCCCUACUGGUCAAUAAAGAGAGCUGAAAAACUGUUCCACGACCGUCUUGGAUCAGAUAAGUUCACAAUGCAAAGAGCCAUUUACAUAAGUGAUUCGGACUUGCUAAGUAGUCAACUGUCAGUGCCGUCAAAUAACCCCAUUUUUGAGAAGUUCAGCGAGGACAAUUUCAAUAAGGACUAUCAGUAUAGCGAAACGAGAAAACAGUUGGCUAUGAGGAGAAAUGAAUUGCUAAUUGAACUUAGAAUACUCCAAGACAUGGAGAAACAAUUAGUGCAUGACGACUACGAAAAAUUCUUGCUGGAAGAAGUAAAUAAAUGCUCGAUGGUGUCUAUAGAGAUGACUGAUCUUUGGUUUAAUGACACUCAAUUGCAAAAUUACUGUUCUAUUUGUAACGAAGAACUCGAGAAGUUAAGACCACCAAUAACUUGA